GCCAUUGACAACAUCCCACCAGAGCUUCAGGUCAAGAUAUUCUCUGAGGUUUCUCGAAGGCCAUGGCACGAGAUGAAUCCCUCCGUCUCUCAGUCAAGCGACAGCACAUGGCUACGCGCCUUUCGGACGAAAAUUUCGCUUCCUCUUAUCUGCAGAUCUACAUGGUGGGCCGCGUCAAAGGUGCUCUACAAGGACGUUGUCAUCCGACGUAUGGGUCAGUUUUUACCUCUUGCAAGAACCAUGUCUUUCGAACAACCACCAAGUUCCGACUUGCACCUCAUGGUCAAUAGCCUCCGCAUGGACACGUGCAUCGUCUUGCUCGAAGCCGUCGAUGAAUGCCGAGCCGCGCUCGCUACUAUCCUCUCCCGAUGUCCCAAUCUUACCUCGAUCACGCACCGCUCUCAUCCUGCCUUUGACUUUGCCGACGCAUUUCAGCAUUCGGUCGCAUUGACGGACAAUGUGCUCAACCCAACUUGGUUCGUUUCCCCCAGUUCCACCGGAAACGUACUGCUGUCUGUAGUUGGAUCACAGUUGACGCACCUGGACAUCCAUGCCGACCUCUCCAACUCAGCAAGUGUGCAUGCGUUGCACGUGGUCCUGCAACACACACCUUGCCUCCGUGUACUAGUGGCGUGGAGAUGGAACGCGGCACUCAUCUCUGUAGUGAUCAACUCUCACCUACGAGAUGACGGUAUUAUUGAACCGCAUCAUGACUUUCAUACUCUCAUUCUCCCUUCGCUCCUCGAUCUUCGUGUGGAUUGUGGUACCAUGUCCUUCCUCCCGCGUUUUAUCGCCAAGUACUGGACACUACCGAGCCUCCAACAGCUCACCGUCGGAAUCGGCGCCAAUCCCAUGGAUCCGAUGGAGAUAGUCGAACGAUUUGGCGCCGGUCUCCUUUUCCUCCAGUUCAUCCCCGACACAGGAGAUGCCUGCUUCACGCCGGAUCAGCAGGACCGCUUGGAUUCGUAUUGUCCUCUUCUUGAACAUCUUGUCCUCCCCGCCCUCAAACCUGCCGCCAUCGCCCAGCAUCCCAUACGCUCCCCGUCGCUCAAGUGGCUGGACAUAUGGACGGUCCUCCCCAAAGUGUUCUCGGACUACCCCACUCUCUCGUGGCAGACCGGGCUCCGGCCCCUUGUAGUAUCCCCCACGGACAGCGCCGCACCCGUGCUCGCCUCAGUCCGCAUCCUCGACGACUCAGAUGCGUUCGACCUGGAUUGGACGUCAGCGGCGAGGGCAGAGUGGCCGAUGCUCUUCCACCCC